AUGGAUGGCGGUCCAAUCAUCGGAGAGCUGAAUGAGAUGUGCUCCCGUGAAGAGGCGCGGGAACGAGAGAUGACUCGGCAGCUGGACAAGUUCGAAUGGAAGAAGGGUACCGAUCCCAAGAACCCCGAGGUCGAUUUGAGACGGGCCACUAAGAAAUACCAGCGAAGCUCUGCUGACAAGGCAUACACCAGUCAACAGACACGCUCACUCGAUGCCUGUUGGAAGACCAUGGAGUAUUUGAUCACGGAGAUUCUGGACUUUGACUGCAAGCCCAAAGCGGGCUAUGCAAUCCAAGCCGUUCCUUUCAUCGAGGUCUACUCCUACUUGCGGGAUCGGACCCGUGCGAUUCGGGUCGACCUUCACUUGCAGCAACCUCGAAGUACUACGCAGCGGGUGUUUGUGGAAACUCAUGAGUGCUGUUUGCGCUUUGAGAUGCUGUCGCUCUUUUUGCUGUUGGGCAGAGGGCAGAAGCAAGCUGAACAGGCCACGGAGAAAUAUGACACCAAGCUUGGCCUCAAGGCCAUUUCCCAAACCAUCGAGCCACUCUUGAAUGCCUACCAGGCCAUCCAUGAGAGGCAGCUGGCAAAGAGCAUCCUGGCUGAGGCGAUGGGCGGUUUGCUGGACGACGACCAAGAGGAUUCAGACUACACCUCGCCCUUCGAAAUGGCCGCACGCAGGUACAUCGUCCUGCUGUUAAUGUCCUUUUCCCCUGAUGCGGUCUCAGGGCAUCUCGCCAAGAUGAGCCGCGAGUUGUUGAUGCACCCGCUCGUGAGCUUUGCCACAGAGGUCUACGCCGCUUUCCAUACUGAGGACUACGCGCGGUUUCUGCGCAUGUACAGAGAAGCGGACUUCUUGACAUCUGUUUGCAUGAGUGGAGUGGCUGAUUUGGCUCGAUUAAGAGCCCUGUGGCUGUUGGUGCGGAGCUAUCCACAGGCGAUCGGGGAUAAGAUCAGCUUAACAAAGCUGAAGAACAUCUUGGCCUUUGCCAGCGACGAUCACGCCAAAGCCUUCUUGGCCUUUCAUGGUCUUCAGAUCGUCAUUGACAAGGAUGCUCAGGGUGGUGCCAACAUCAUCCUGCCGAAGAAGGGCACCCCAGAGGCGCAAAGUUUGACGCUUCUGCAGGGGCGGCUGCCGGAGAAGUGCGAAUUUCCCAAGGGCGCCGAUUCGCUGUUGGUGGCGAAGUUCGACGCGCUGGGCCUCUCCCGUGCGGAGAUCGCCUUCGGCAGCGCUGACCCGGUGGUGCGACGGGGAAUGCGUCCGUGGGAGGCUGUUGACAAUGCGUCCAUAGUCCAUCUACCGUACCGUUAUGUACCAUUGACGACGUGAUGCCCCGGAUUCCCUGAUGCCUGAGCAAAGCAGCACUUUUUAGGCUGGUUUGACCUGCCCAUUCUCCAAUUAGAACUGGUCUGAACACAUAUUGUGUGUUGAACAUCACCCUGGUUUUGAUCUCCAUUUGCGAGCCCAGACUGGCUGCAUCGGUGCAUCGAUCGAUCGAUGAGACAGGUUGCCAUCGAGGAAGCGGAAGCGCAAGAAGCGGCGGAAGCCAUGGAAGAAGGGGAUGAGGCUGAGGAGAUAGAGGCGGCAGAGGAGCCAGCUCCUGCUGUCGAGCCGCUGACAGUUGUCGCCUAGAUUGGCCAAGUUCAGUGAUUUGAUGAAG